CAAGAGCAGUACGUGAGACGGUGGCGGGAGUCGUUGCAGUUCCAAUAUCGAUUUUUUCACAGUUGAUAAACUUGUAGGUCGUGCCGCUCGUGGCCCAUUAAGUUCGAACGCGCUUUUAGUAAGCUCAGGUAUUUCGGACUCGGAGCAGAGACCAGCAGUGCUGCGUAGUGCAUGCUCUGUAGCGCUACAGUCCCAAGUUGCCAUGGUUUUGGCGCACUGUUUGAGUGUUUGACAGCAUCUUUUCGCGGGGCUUUCCCCACGACCUCCCGUUGCAAUUAAGCUAAUUGCUGCGAAGGCUUGGUACUAAUUCCUCCGCUUCGUUAUCUCCCAGACUUUCUGUUCGGCCCCCAAAGAAUGUGCGCGUCCUGCGUCCGGGCGGACUGAAGAGGCAUGAUUCCUGGAGGCGGAGUUCCAAAUGGAGCCCGAGGUGCGGAACCCCUCCAGUGGGGUCAGAAGGUGUCCUCCGGCUCGGAAGAAAUGGUCACCCUCACCAAAGCCCAGCUCCAGAAAUUGCUGAGAGCGCUUGGAGCCAAUGAGCCGGAGACCAACCCCAAUGGAACGGUUGCAACGAUUUCCUCUUCGAACAAUGGUCUGCCAGUUUCUGGUGACGACUGCUUGCCAAACUGGGCACGGCGCAACAGCACGACGACACCCCAAGCUCCGAUGGGGCCAGCCGGUGCAUCCCAGCCGCUGGCCACGUUUCCUCGGCGGCUGUCUUCCUCCCACCCUGAGCUGGGCUCCAGCAGGGGUGGCCGGCCCCUGUCCAUGCUGGAGCAGAAGCAGCGGCAGUGGGAGAAGGAGCGAGCUGAGAUGCAAGACUGGGACCCCUGGGGGCGACCCGGGGCUGGAGCUCCACGUUGUCAGCUGGUGGCUACUGUGCCUCCCUCCCGCACUGAUGUACAGGUGCUCAGAGUCCAAGGCACGGCGGCAUCGUCCAACGGGCCCUACCAAUCGAGGGCACCCUCGCCCCCAGUGUUGCCUCACCUGCUUCCACCGGGAAACGUCAGUCCCGCCUUUGUGCGCAGGGAACCACCCUAUCUGAAGAGCAACCUGCCCCUGGGACCAUCAUACGACUCCCACGGCGAGGAAAAGGAUGACGUAAAACGGCGUUGGUUGCAGGAGCUGGAUAGUCAGAGGGAUGAAAACCACAGGAGACGUGCGGUGGAAAACCAGCGAUCUUCCAUCAGCAAUGGGUCCUGCUGGGCUGACAACGAGUCUGUUGGGUCGGAGAGAGCGCAGAGGGCUGAGGAUUGCGGUGAUAGCGUGUGGUCCUAUGCACGAGCCCAAGCUUCGCGCGGAACUCAUGAAGCCAAGGGGCCUCGUGCUGAUGAGCGCAAGCAGAGGGCAAUGGAGUAUCAGAGAGCCAUCCAGGCGCAGAUGGAGGAGAAGCAGAGGAAGCUGCAGGCAGAGAAGAUUGCCCGUCUGCAGGAGGAGAGGGAGCAGGAGCGCCGCCUGGAGGAAGAGAGGCGAAGGCUCGAGGAGCAAUACCAGGAGGAGCAGCAGAGGAUUAGGGAGAAGAAGGAACGGGAAGAGAGGACGCGCCUGGUGCUGAUUGCCAAGAUGCAGCAGGCGGAGGCCGAGGCGGAGGCCGUCCGCAAAGCCAAGAGGAACCUCAAGUUGCAGCGGACUGCAUCUGUAGCACCGGCCGAGCCCCAAGUGCCUCAGUUUGGCAGCGACCCCAGUGGGCAAGGGCCUUCAGUGUCCACCGAGAGGGUUCCUUCCGGCAUCGAGAACUUUGCCGCCGCUAGCGGUGAACACACGGAAAUUGCCAAAGGCGACCCGAGAGUGCAGCCAAAGCAGCAGCAAGAACUUGCAUCCCCGACAGCCAUGGUUCGGCCCACGCGCAAUGACGACAAGUCGGAGGCUAGGUCGCAGCCGCAGCGCGAGAUCUCGAGCCAGACCGAAGGCAGCAUUCCUGUGUCUGCUGCCUCGAGCCGGACUUCCCCGUUUCCAUCGUACCGUGGGCCGAGUCCUUACGUCGAAGACCGCGUGCUGACUCCGACCAAGGUUCGGAUCGCUCACAGGGCACGUUGGCCCCUGACGGUCCCGAGCAGGGAGUUUGGGAUACAGACGGACAUCUCACUUCCCUGUGGCUGGAGUGGCUGCGGACCUUCCCGGGAACUCGUUGCCAGCAUGCAGGACCCGGUCCAGGACUCUCCAGGGUGCCACGGAAGGCGGGUGCAGCACAGCCGACCAAUGAAAGCCAUCCACAAGGAACUGCUUGCCCCUUCAGGCUACGCACCUAUGACCAACUUUCACGCAGACCGCAAGUUACCGCCUAGAAUUCCGCUGACGAGGGCAGCCAACAGCAGAGGCAGCCCAGAGAGGGCGGGCGUUGGCCGCAACUUCGCCUCCCAGCAACUCGAGAAGCUGCAAGAGUUCCGCAGGCAGCAGUGGGAGAGGGAUCCAGGCUCACGAAGGUCGAGGGUCACCCCACGUGCUGCCAGGGAAGGCAACACCGGAACCCUGCUGCGUGCUGGGAAAGGAGCCAUGGCCACUCGUGGAGCAGAAAAUGGCCGUGCAAGAGAACCCACCAAGGUGCCCUCUCGCGAGCCAAGCUGCUUUGACGAAGAGUCUCAACACGACCCGAACACGACGACUCAGAGCGAUGACGAGGACAGCAACGACCCAACGCUCCUGGCUUCCCCAGCGUGCCACUCCCUGAGGUCUCCUCCCGUUCCGGCACUGCGCAAAAAGGUUGACUUCCCGUCGCCACAGGGUCGCGCAAACCUCGCAUUGCUGGGGUCCCCUCCGCCCACGCGGAAGCGGUGGCGCAGCCAGGAGGUCUACAUUCCCCGGCAGUCCUUCGGGGACUCCUCGACGUCUCAGGGGGAGGACUGGAUGUCUUCACCGGGCCGGCGUGACGAAAGCAGAGUGCGGCCCGCUGCGGCAGAACGCCAUCGCUCUGUGAGUGUGACCGGAUGCGGAAGGGUCCGCAACACCUCCCCGUCUCCAGUCAGGCAGGGUCCGCGGAGCUCCUCCCAGGAUCCCUUGGUGCACCCGGAGAUUGUCACGGGCCGUCCAACUCCGAGACAAGACAAGAUCUUGCAGCAGUUGUCUUCACUGAGGCAGGGUUUGCUCAUCAAGCAACGCGAGAUGGAGAACAACUUGCUGAAAUCCAAGACCUAAGGGCUUUGCCAUGCAUUGUUGUUUAUUAAGCGACUGACCAAGUGUUCUGUGUUGCUUUGUCUAUUUAUGUGCUCAUUGUAGUUUCUCUUCAAUGCAUACCUGACACCUGAAGAUACUCAUACAUUUCUGAGAUCAGCACAGUUUUUAUUCUGAGAAUUGGGGAUUCCAAAAAAAAUAUUGAGGCUUUUUCCCAUGCUGGGGGCUUCUCACGCCUGCACUGUUUGUGCAGCAUUGUUGCAUGCACUCUUAUAUAAUGAUGCAGUUGCAUGUGUUAAAGGGACCAACUUGUUGCAGUUUUUAUAGAGGGUGUUUUUUUUAUCAGUAGUAGGGGCAGCUGUUUCAUAGAUUUGCAGACGUUCAAUGCGAGGUUAACUAUCACCACCAGUUUAAUAAUUAACUCGAACUGAUUCAAUCAAUUUUUUAUUUACUGGUCUUGGGAUUAAUGUUUUAUAUAUAAUUUCUGGUUUGCAGGUAGCCAUUACUAGAGGCUGAAGCAACUUUCUAAAUUUGCAGAAAGGCAAUGUGAUUUGAGUCAAUUUCCAAAGAAAGGCAGUGGGCUAAAAACAGUUAGUGUUUGUUUUUAGGCCGUUUAAUUUUCAGUAUGGGUGCAAAAAGUGUGCUGAAAGUCCCAUCCAUGAUGGUGCAUAGAACAAUGACACUCAACACCAACUGAGGAAAACCUUUUUGCUAGUUUCAUGUCUGUUACAUGCUGCUGAUUUAAUCAAAUGUGAAAAAUUAUCCACAGCAUUGCACUUUUUAGUCACGAUUGGUGUAAUCUGAGCUAGUUGGUUACUCAUUAUGAAAAAACCAGCUGAACUAAGGAAAAGGUAGAGAUAG